AUGGUCGACGUAAUGGACGCCAUGGACAUCACCUACUGCGAAGGAGCCCGUCUCCUCCAGGAUUCCCAAGCCGAUAUAAGUUCGAUUCUCGUCCAGCGACCCAACGGCGGCCUGGUCUGCCAACAUUGCUAUCUGGUCGUCGCGGACGCCAGCGACGUCAAUGCCGUUGCCCCGGAUCAGGACUGGGCGCUGCUUGUGAGCUGUCACGUCCAAGCAUGCGGGUCGUUGCACGACAGGCGGGCGGCCUACUCGUGCUAUGCUUGUCUCGAGACGGGCAAGGCCUCCGUGGAAACGACCAUGGCGGAACUGAAGGCGCACCUCCAAGUGUGUGAGCUGAUCAGGGAUAUCAAGCUCAGUGGGCAGUAUAGAGGACAGGGAUUUCCGACGACAUCAUCUCCCGUGAGCAGAGGUGGUAUUCGUAAGCCUGAAAUGACUCCGCGACCUACAGCAGCAGCCGCAAGACAUCCACCUGGCAAGACGGAAACAGCACGGAGCCCCAAUAAUGCUCGAGACGCGCCAUUGAAUCCUUUUGCUCAUGCCCAGGACGUGCCAGCCACCACGGUCCAACCAAUGCAAUCGCACUUUGAGAAUCCCUUGGAACCUACUCCACCGCUGCCGUCGCGACCAAAGUCGAGAGCUCCCACGAACGCAGAGACAAUGUACACCCCUGCCACGGCCCGGCGACCUGAACAGCCUGUCCAACCGAAUAGCGCUCGUCCACACGCACCGGAUAUGUACAACAUCCCAGGCGGCUUUCCAGGCCACAACGCGGCGGUAACUGACUCGAGAGCAUCGUCACUGCAUGACUAUUCUCCCACGGUGCCUCGAAGAAAGGAAGUCCGGACGGAAGCACCAGGACCCUCACAUGCUUCCACCACUGAGACCAAAUCGUUCCCAACAGCACCGAGCCGUGCGCCACCCACUCCGCCGGUAUUGUCGUCACCCGCGCCACCGCCAUACCAUCAAGGCAAAGACACGCAUGGGAAUGGCCAGCAGUCUGCUCCUGUGGCUCAACAGAGUUCAACGUCCAACACGUACUCCGGGUCCGAUCCCGUCAAGAUCCAGCAGCUCGUCUCGUUCGGGAUACCCAGAAUGGACGCUGAGUACCUCCUGAGCCGGACGGGAGGAGACGUCAAUGCUGCGGCGGAACUCCAACUCUCAGAGAUGGGCAGUUUGAGUGGUCAUGCGCGAGAGACUGCUCCUCCAACUCCGCAGUCUGGUGCGUUCCCAGCACCGCUGGGGUCGAAUCCGGUGGAUAGACGAAAUCAUCGGCGGUCGAAAUAA